AGCCAAUAACAAAAAAACCUCCAAGUUUCCAUCGUCUUCCACAGCCGUUUCACCUGCAUCAGAUGCUUACUCUGAUGAAACCGUUCAAGUAUCAAGGCCAUUAACAUCUCAAAGUGCCAUUUACAAAAAAAGCACCAAAACUUCAUUAUCUACCGCUAUUUCACCUGUAUCAGAUCUUUGUCCUGAUAAACCC